GUGAAAUAUAAAAAAUAGAAAUAUGUUUUACCGUUUCAUUAAAUAAAAUUUCUUUUUUUUUUAAUAGGAAUUUGUCAAUUAGAUGAAAAACCUUUUAAAUAUUCGAAUAUGAAAUUAAAUCAAGAUUGGCAGCCAGAGAUAGAAAUGUCAUUCGAUAGUUUAAAUACAUUUUCUACUGAAAGUACUAAGACCAUCUCUAUAUUGACAUUGACAAGCCGCGAUAAUUUCAUAAGCAUGAUUUUCGAUUGCAAAAGAGGUUUUAUUGGAGAGGAAGUUUAUGUACCUAUAAAAUUGAAAAAUAUCGGUGGAAAUGGACGCUUUUUCAUAAUAAGUGAAAUCGAUUGGUUCUCCAUGAACAUUACGGACAUCAUAGAGAAAAAUAUUUUGAAAUUACCAUGUUUUACUAUAUGGCCAAUAUAUUUUUUAUUGAAUAAAAACGAAGAAAUGACUUUCCAUAUGAAAUUUGCACCAGAAUGCUUUGGCAUUCAUGUGGAAAAAAUAUACAUAUUAUGCAGUAAUUGUACCCUACUUACAACAGAAAUAAUCGGAGAUGGAUUAUUAUAUGAUCCAAAUUUCAUCCAAUUUAGUAAAGUAUCUAUAAAUUUAAUUAAAAAUUCUUUAUUAUUCCUUACAUGUAACUAUAUUAAAGAUAAUCAUGAUAUUAAACAUAAAUUACAAAAUUACAUACCUAUGAUAAAGAUGAAAAGAUAA